AUGACGCAGGACGCCGGGGGCGUGGCCCUCGCGCCGCCUCAGGCAUCACCCCGUCGCAAGAUGGCGGAGCUGGAUCUGCUGGGUUCCAUCCUCAGCUCCAUGGAGCGGCCGCCCGCCGCUGCCGACGGCGAAACGCGGCGCCGGGCGCGGGGUCAGCGGGGCCGGGAAGGAGGGCGGGGGAGGAGCGGGGAGGGAGCGGCGCGUUCCGGGGUGUCCCGGCCCUUUCGUCGUCAUAACUUCCCUCAGCCCCGGGGUCCGCCCUCACGAGAGGCCGCGUCCCCCGCGGGGUGUCCGCUCCGCCCUCAGCGCGCUAAUCUUGCGCUCGCUGUCCCGAUGGACACCGGGACCCCUCUGGCCCCGACCCCGCAGUGCAGAACAGGAACCCCCCAAAAUGACAACCCCAUCCUGGGGCAGUUGAGGACCCCGAUGAGCAGGGGAGACCCCGGUAGGAAAUUCUGGGGUGUCCCAAUGCCGCUGGUUCCGUGUUCCCCGAGGCACGACGUGGCAGAGGUGGCCGGGCUGACAUCCUUCUCCUUCGGGGACGACGAGGACAGUCGCUACGUGAUGGUGUUCAAAAAGGAGUUCGCGCCCUCGGACGAGGAGCUGGACGCGUAUCGGCGCGGGGAGGAGUGGGACCCUGUCCGGGCYGAGGAACGGCGUCGCCUCCGGGAGCUGGCGGCACAGCAGGAGGAGGCAGAGCUGGAGCGUGGCCCAACCCCCCCGGGCCCCCCCAACGACUACAAAGACAAAUAUCGGCACCUGAUCGGCUCCGACGCUGCCAAAGCCGCCGCCCGCACCAUGGAGGCCAACAAAGCGUACGGCUGUGUGCCGGUGGCCAACAAGAGGGACACGCGUUCCAUCGAGGAGGCCAUGAACGAGAUCCGGGCCAAGAAGCGGCUGCGGCAGGCGGAGGAUGAGGGCGGGGCCGGGGGGGGCCCCGGGGGUCCCUCGGUGUGAUGAUGGGAGGGGGUGGUGGGGGUACGCUCCCCGG